AUGGCACAAGCACCGCCCACAGCUUCAGCGCCACUGACAAUGAGCGCGGUCGCCUCGGUCUCGGAUGCCGAGAAACGCGCGAGGUCCCCGCCCAAGGCGACCCCCAAGCUACGCAGCUGUGUCAUAUGUCGCAGUCGCAAGGUCCGCUGCGACAAAAAAUCUCCGUGCUCGAAUUGCCGUCGCGCAAACAUCGCCUGUGUCUUUCCAUCCGCUGACCGUCCGCCGAGAUGGGCCCGACGUCUGAUAUCUAAUCAGCAGGCAGCACAGGAUGCCCCCGUGGCAGACCAUAUCAUGGAGAGAAUUCACAGUCUCGAGACCCUCGUCAAAGAGCUGCGCGGGCAGCUCGAACAGGCUAACUUGUCCGGGGGUCCUUCGGGGGUCAACUCGCCCGGCAGCUCCUCGCAGGAUCCAGAUCCUGGCCAUCAGGAGAAUGCUUCGUCGACGCCUGAAGGCAAUGUUCAGAGGCAGUUCGGGAGAUUAGUUCUCCAGGAUGCCAGCCAAAGCCGAUAUUUCAGUAGUGGUUUCUGGUCCCGAGUCACCGAUGAGCUCGAUGGGCUGAAGAUGGACACUCACGGUCUUCUACUAGAGGAUUCUGACAGCUCGGAAGAUGAGUCUUCCACGAGAAAGACCCAGUCUACUCAGGAACUCGGCCGCACGCCUUCCGAGCGCCAUGCAUUCUUAUUUCGACAUAACUUUAGCCCUUUUGUCCCCGAUUUACGCGAGUUCCAUCCAUUGCCAUCUCAGAUACCUUUUCUCUUGGAUGUCUUCUGUGAGAAUGUCAAUGUGUUCGCACAAAUCGUCCAUCGCCCUUCCAUUGUGAAAAUGGUCCGGGAGCUUCGCGGUAGUGACUUGACGAGUCUCAAUCCAGGCAAUGAGGCCUUGAUCUUCUCGAUUUACUACGCGGCCAUCACUUCUAUGGAGGACGAUGAUGUCAUCAUCAAUUUUGGAUCUACCAAAGCCGAGCUCAAUCUCAAAUUCCGUCUUGGCCUGGAACAUGCGCUUGCAAGGGCUGAUUUCCUCAAUGUGCCUGAUUUAGUUCUGGUGCAGGCAUUUGCUAUCUUUCUGGCUCUGGUUCGCCGGCAUGACAGCCCACGGUUUGUGUGGAUGAUGACCGGUUUGGCCAUCAGAAUGGGCCAGGCUCUGGGGUUACAUCGCGAUGGCACCAAUUUCAAGCACCUCACUCCAUUUGAGAUUGAGAUGCGACGAAGAGUCUGGUGGGUCUUGUGCUUCCUGGAUGUGCGAGCAUCGGAAGACCAAGGCAUGGAAUUGACCAUUGCGGCCGGCACCUACGACACCAAGCGGCCUCUGAAUAUCAACGAGGGAGAUCUCCAUCCCGAUCUGGAAAAAAUGCCUCAAGAGCAUGAGGGUUUGACCGACGCGUCCAUUAUGCGUGUUUCGAUUAGCAUGUGCGAGAUCACCAGACAGAUUAUGUCGCCCAGUUUCAAGAAUCAGGCCCCGAGCAUGGAAGAACAGAACCGUCUGCUGAACGGAUAUUACCAGAUUCUCGAACGGGAAUUUCUUCAAUAUUCGACCAAAUCCGGGAACAUUUCGUACUGGGUUCAAGUUACAGUCGCACAAAUUUGGAUGGCCAAGAUGACACUUUUGACCUAUCUGCCUGUGCUCUUCUCUUCGCCCAGUGAGCACUUCUCCGACGAACUUCGAAGCAAGCUAUUGGUGGCCGCCAUCGAGGUCGCCGAGUAUAAUCAUGCCCUGAACGCCGAGCAAGCCUGCCGCCACUGGCGCUGGCUUUUCCAAACCUACACCCAUUGGCACGCGGUGGUGUACCUUUUGAUUGAAAUUACGCGGCGUCCGUGGUCACCCCUUAUCGAGAGAGCCUGGGUGGCCCUCCACAGUGUAUGGCUCAUUCCAACCCAAUCGCACAUGGACAAAAACCUACGAAUCUGGUUCCCCUUGCGUAAGCUAAUGGGUCAGGCCCGUCAGCACCGCGAGAGGGAGCUGGAGAGAUUGCGGGGGGAUGCCCUGGCUGCCGAACACUUGGAGAGGGGGGACCGGAAGAUGCCGGUGCCUUCUUCGAUUCCGGGGCCUUCUUCAGCCGAGAACACCAAUGCCGCAGAGUUCUUUAUUAAGCGGUGGCACCAAUUACUAGCCCCAGUGCCGACUGGAGCCGGAUCUACAAUCAGUGCCACCACCCGUGCGCCUGGCGACAACGCCACGAGGGCUGCCAGUCUCUUGGAUCCCUUUUUUGCAGCUAAUAUCGAUCCUCCGAGCAACAUGGAAAGCCACUCCCAAUCGCUAGUUGAACCGACAUAUCGUGGUGGAUCACACUCGGACCAGAACCUGUCAAGUGCUACUUCCAAAGUCUUCGGACCGGAUCUGUCGACCACUGCUCCCGUGUCUCCAUUCAAUAUGAAUGACCCAACCUCGGCCCAUCAGGCCGGCGUGGUCCCCUGGCUGUGGGCGGAUAAUAGCACAUCCGCAGAAUCUCCCAGUCUAGAUAUCCCAAUGGAUGUGGACGGCGAGGUUGACUGGUACAAUUGGGUUGAGUCAGCUAAAGAAGUGGAAUGGGAUACAGGGCGUUCAUAG